ACUCUUCUCUCUGAUUUUUCCUUCCAAGUAACAGCAAAAGAGAAUUUUUUUUGUUUUCUUUUUCUUUUCCCUCAACGGCAAGAGAGAAAAUUAAUAGUGAUACAAAGAGAAAACAAUUUUUGUUUAAAAAUAAACAUUUUCCAUUUACCCAAAACUUCACGAAACCCUAUGUAAAGCUUCGGCACAAAUGGAUUUCUAGGGUUGGUUUCAAUUCCAGAUACAAUUUCAUUCGCAGCUCGAACUGAUCCAACUCCGCGAUAACCCGGUGAGUUCACCGAGUUAUUUCCCAGUCUGAAUGAAUUUCCCCCCAUUUUCCAUACGCCAAGAAGAUCUGUAAACCCUCAUUUGCUUUAAAUUCAUACACAUAACCUUUACAUGAAGUUUGUAGAUAAGGAUAUCAGUAUUAGGGCGUGAAAAUUGUUCUUGUCAUGCAAUUGAAAUCGGCCUCGGAUUCUUCAACGAAGCGAAGGGAUUUUAGCCCGAGGGGAACUAGGCUUCGAAAGAAGCACAAGAGACUCGAUGCCAUUUGUGAAAACGUUUAUAAUCAAAAUCAUAGUGAAUCCAACGAGCAGAGAGGAGGGUCCGCCCAGGAUGCCAAUUCGGAGCUGCGCCGCAGCUCACGAGUGCGGCGGGCACCGGUUUUGCUCGAUGCCUCACCUCCUCCGGUAAAAAAGCGUAGGAAGAUUGCUAAGAAUGUAAAUUUGGGUGCUAAUAGAAAUGGUGGUAGUAUUAGUCUAGGGAGCGUUAACAAGGAUGAGAGUAUGAGGUUAGAGGAUCUGGAUACUCCAGGGAGUUGGAAAUCGCGGUUGAGAUCAAGGGCUAGGAAUGUGAAGACUAGAGAUAGAGGCGAGACAAGUGGGAGAAGGAAACUUUUUGAUGAAACAGAGACGGUGGAAAAUGAAUUGGGUGAGAAUAAAAGAUAUUUGAACGGUGAGAAGUUGAUGGUUGUGAGAUCAAAGAGGCCAGGGAGGGUAAAAGCUGUAAAUGGUUUGGGGAAUGUAAUGAGACAGCAUGGAACAUGUGGUUUUGAAGAUGUGACUGGGAAGGAUGAGGAUAAGGAGUAUUUAAGGAGUGAUGAGAGUGAGAAGGAUGAGAUUCAGGCUGCAGAUAAUGAGGCCAAGGAGGGCAUGCCAGUUUUAGGUAGCUCAACAGAUAGUGAAAAUGAUGAGCAGGUAGGGAAGAGUGAUGCUGAUGAGGGUAUGGAAGUUUCAGUUGCUGCAGUGGGGGAUGGAAAUGAGGUGGAGGUAGUGGAUGGUGGUUCUACAUUGUUAGGAUCAGGUGAUCAAAUGCAGAAAGAAAUAUUGCAUGAUUUGGAACUGAAGACGACCCUGGAUGGAAAUGAUAAUGUGGAAUGUUUAGAGCAGAGUGACAAAGUAGAGGAGUUAGAGAAUGGGACAGAUUUAGAAAAUGGAAGAGAUACUGUUGAAGUUGAUGGGGCACUGGUAAAUGAGGUGGAGGAUCCUGAUAAGGAAGGACAUGCUGAGGUUAAUGAAAUUCCCUUGGAAGUUGAGAAAGAUGUGAAGGCAGACAAAUUGAAGCACGAUUUUCAUACUCUUGAUAGGCCCCGGAUUAAACAGGGGAGACGGUGUGGUUUGUGUGGAUGUGGUAAUGAUGGUAUGCCACCAAAGAGGUUGGUUCAAGAUGCUGGUGAGAGUGAAAAUGAGAGAUACAGUGGCUCAUCGGCUUCAGAGGAGCCCAACUAUGAUGCAUGGGAUGGAUUUGGUGAUGAACCAGGGUGGCUUGGCCGCAUAUUGGGUCCUAUAAAUGAUCGCUUUGGUAUUGCUGGAAUUUGGGUUCAUCAACACUGUGCUGUAUGGAGUCCAGAGGUUUAUUUUGCUGGUUUAGGUUGCUUAAAAAAUGUAAGGGCUGCACUUUGCAGAGGUAGAGCAUUAAAAUGCACUCGCUGUGGGAGACCAGGGGCAACUAUUGGAUGUCGUGUUGAUCGAUGUCCAAAGACUUAUCACUUGCCCUGUGCUCGAGCUAAUGGCUGCAUCUUUGAUCAUCGUAAAUUUCUUAUAGCAUGCACAGAUCAUCGACAUCUCUUCCAGCCUCAUGGUACUCAAUAUUUAAUGAGGAUAAAGAAAUUGAAGGCCAGGAAAAUGAGAUUAGAAAUGAGGAAGCUAUCAAAUGAUGCUUGGCGAAAGGAUGUUGAUGCUGAGGAAAAAUGGUUGGAGAACUGUGGGGAGGAUGAAGAGUUUUUGAAACGUGAGAGCAAGAGGCUUCAUCGAGAUUUGUUGAGAAUUGCACCUGUGUACAUUGGAGGCUCUGAGUCUGAGAGUGGAAAACUAUUUGAGGGAUGGGAAUCUGUUGCUGGGCUAAAGGAUGUGAUACAGUGUAUGAAGGAAGUAGUUAUUUUACCACUUCUAUAUCCCGAGUUUUUUAGUAAUCUAGGAAUUACACCUCCUAGAGGUGUUCUUUUGCAUGGGCAUCCAGGAACAGGUAAAACACUUGUUGUGCGGGCAUUGAUUGGUUCCUGUGCACGUGGUGACAAACGGAUUGCAUAUUUUGCUCGUAAAGGUGCUGAUUGCUUAGGAAAGUAUGUUGGUGAUGCUGAGCGCCAGCUUCGACUCUUGUUUCAGGUUGCUGAGAGAUGUCAACCUUCUAUAAUAUUCUUUGAUGAGAUAGAUGGGUUAGCCCCUUGUCGUACAAGGCAGCAAGAUCAGACUCACAGUUCAGUUGUCUCCACGUUGCUUGCUUUAUUGGAUGGUUUAAAAUCCCGAGGUUCAGUGGUGGUGAUAGGUGCAACAAAUCGACCUGAGGCUGUUGAUCCAGCAUUGCGUAGACCUGGGAGAUUUGACAGGGAGAUCUAUUUUCCAUUGCCAUCAGUUGAGGACAGGGCUGCCAUACUUUCACUUCACACGCAGAGGUGGCCAAAACCAGUUACUGGAUCUUUGCUGCAGUGGGUUGCAAGAAGAACUGUUGGCUUUGCUGGCGCUGACCUGCAAGCACUUUGUACACAAGCUGCCAUUAUUGCAUUGAAGAGGAGUUUCCCUUUGCAAGAAAUUUUAUCUGCUGCUGGAGAGAAAGCUCCUGGUGCUAAACGUGAUCCACUUCCAGCAUUUGCAGUUGAAGAGAGAGACUGGUUAGAGGCCUUAGCAUGUGCCCCACCUCCCUGCUCUCGUAGAGAAGCAGGAAUAGCUGCCAAUGAUUUGGCAUCUUCCCCUCUUCCCAUCCAUCUCAUUUCUUGUCUAUUGCAGCCACUAUCCCAGUUGCUUGUUUCCCUCUAUCUUGAUGAACGGCUCUGGUUGCCUCCUCCCCUCUCUGAAGCUGCUUUGAUCGUUAAAAGUGUGAUAAUUUCCUCUUUACAGGUGAAGAAUCUCCCUACUAAUCAGUGGUGGUCCCAUGUUGAGUAUUUACUUGAAGAAGCAGAAGUUGCUAUGGAACUACAGAAAAGGCUUUCCUCUGCUGGAAUAUUAAGUGGAGAGGCAACCUCUUCUGGUAUUGAUGCCUUGGUUGAUGAAAAAGAUGAUGAUAGAGUGAUGCUUGAACCUUCGGUUGUGCAUAAUAAGGGUAUGAGCAUUGGUCUCUCUAGAAGUUUAUCUUUUGCAUCAGUAAAGAAAUCAGGAUACCGGGUAUUGUUUGCUGGGAGUCCUAGAUCUGGACAGAGGCAACUGGCUUCUUGCAUACUUCAUUGCUUUCUUGGGAAUGCUGAAGUUCAGAAGGUUGAUCUGGCUACAAUUUCACAAGAAGGGCAUGGUGAUGUGGUCCAAGGGAUCACACGGAUAUUGAUGAAAUGUGCUAGCUUGAAGUCAUUGGUGAUUUUCAUGCCAAGAAUUGAUCUAUGGGCUGUGGAAGCUUGCCAGCAAGUUACUGAGGGGAGUGAUCCAUCUUCGACAGACCAACUUUCUGAGAAAACAGAAUCUCAUUCCGCAUCCAUUCAAGUCGUCGGAAAGGAAAAUGAACCCAUCACACAACAAUGCAGUGAAUCUGAAAUGUCACAGCCGCAAGAUGCUACUCUGAGCACCUCACAUGCCUGGAGCUUAUUUGUUGAGCAGGUUGAGUCUAUACGUGUUUCAACAUCCGUGAUCAUUCUGGCCACUUCAGAAAUUCCAUAUCUGGUCCUCCCACAUGAAAUUAGGGAAUUCUUUAGGAGUGAUAUCUCAAAUAGGAGUCAGCUGACUCCUUUGGAGCACACAGUACCCCGAUUCUUGGUGCAUAUUGGUGGAAAUUUCAAUCGUGAUGUGGUGAUCAGUCUUUCUAUGGCAAAGUUAUUGAGGGAUAUGAUACAACUCUUUGUUCUGUUGGUUCAUCAAGGAGUACAUAUACAUAGUAGUUCAUCCAGAGAGCAUAAAUUUUGUGAUUCUAUUCAUGGAUCUCGUGAUACAAAAUAUCACAACAGUUUUCAUGGCUCAGCUGGUGAAAAUGAGUGUAGAGAAGAAUUUCUUUGUGAUGAUUUAAAAAUUCCACAGCCACCCAGUAAUAGAAGUUUAAAAGGAAAAUCAAGUUUGCUAUUAGCAAUAUCUACGUUUGGGCAUCAAAUUCUUCGAUAUCCCCAUUUUGCUGAACUUUGUUGGGUUACAUCAAAACUGAAAGAAGGUCCUUGUGCAGAUGUUAGUGGUCCUUGGAAGGACUGGCCUUUCAAUUCUUGCAUUAUUCGUCCUGGUAACAUAGAUUCUGUGGCAGUUGCUUCAGGGAAUGUGAAAAGCAAAGAGAGAUCUUGUUUAGUCAGAGGCUUGGUCGCCAUUGGUUUAUCAGCAUACAGAGGUGUGUAUAAAUCGCUCAGAGAGGUCGCCUUUGAGGUAAGGAAAGUUCUUGAGCUUUUAGUUGGACAAGUGAAUGAAAAGAUUCAGGCUGGGAAAGACAAAUAUCAGUAUGUUCGUCUCUUAUCACAAGUAGCGUAUCUGGAGGAUAUGGUCAACAACUGGGCACAUUCAUUGCAGAGUUUAGAACUUGACACUCAAAUCACUAUGGCAAAUGCUCAGCAAAGUACCCUGGAAUUUCCAGGUAACCAUACUCGUGAGGAUAAUUUAGUUCAAAUUGAAGAAUGCAGGGAAAUCUUGCCAAAUAAAAGCUCCCAUGAGUCUGAAUGCUUUGGAGGAAAUCAUAAGGAAUUUGUUAACAAAGGAGACAAUGGUUUUUGUCAUUCUAGCUCUGAGGUGAUGGAUGUGCUUUCAGAAGAUGUAUUUGCACAGCGGAAUGUCUUCCGUGAUCAUGCCAACUCAGAUAAGCAGAUUCAAAGUUCUACAUCUGAUAACCAGUCAGUUGGUAAUGUUAUAGAUGAGCAGAAUGAGACUGCUCUUGGACAGUGUAAUGCUGAAAAUACUGAAGCUCUUUUAGUUCUAACUGCAUCGGACAAUGGGUCAUCAAAACAUCCUAAUGGUUUACUGGUCACAAAAGCUGUUCUCCCCUCUGAGAAUGGUCUCUUUAAUUCAGAUGAAGCAUGUGAUGACAAGUUAUCUGGCCCCUUGGUAUCAAGUGACCAGUUUAAUGGAUUGGCUGUAGUGGAGGGUCAAAUUAGAUCUGGAGAUGCUCAGCCUGACUUUAGAGAGCAUAUUGGGAAUGUCGACUCAUCUCCAGGCAAAAAUACCUGUCAUUCUGCUGAUUCUGGUGUUGUGUGUUCAUAUAGGUGUUGCUCUGGAUGCCUUCUCACCCUCCAUGGACUGAUUCAGAAAAUUCUUGUUCGUGAAUGGGAAUUAAACAAUAACUAUUGGGUGGUAGAGGAUGUUCAUGACAAUAUUUCAUCAUUGUCUGUAGAUCUUCUUUCAGCAGUUAGAAAAGUUUAUGUGGCUGAAAAUAUCAAGAAUUCAUCUGAUGAAAACCUGAGAUAUACCAACUCUGGAAGAUUGUCUGAAUGUCCAGAACUGCGUAAUUGCCAUUGCAAAAGUUCUGGAAGUAGUCUAGCUUUGGCAAGGGAUUGUAGUUGCCACCCGUUGGGUGGAUGUUUGACUGCAAAAGGAAAUAACUCCCCAAAUUUGCAGUCUGAGAUUGAACUGGAAUUUAUUUUCAGAGAUGGCAUCCUGGUACCUGUGGAUUCUAACAAAGAUGUUUCUUUUCAUUGUAAAUAUGAGACUUUAUGCCUUUGUUCUCUUAUAGAGUCAGUAGUACUGCUGAAGCAGCCUUUUGAUUGAUAUGAUAUGAUAUUUUCACAGCAUGGAUUGCCUAGCGAUGGCAACACAUGGUGUUUUUGCGAAUCUAGGUGUAAAUUUCAUUUAGAGGUAUAGAAAAUCAAUUUUUUUGGCAGUUUUUGUGGGUGUUUGUUGCUUUGCAAAAUCAGCCGUUCAGAAGAAAUGCUUUCUAUGGACAACAGUUUAAGACUUCAGAAGACUUUUCUUCUGCUCUCAAAAAGAUUUUGACUUUGGGGAAAGACCUGUGCGGUGUGAAUGCAACAUAUUCUGAGGUCAGUUUUUGGUUGGUUUCUUGUACGAUGAUAUGUGAUUUUGCUUUCUGUGCUUUUUUUCUGUUUCCUGCAUGUAUAGCAUUAUGUUGGUUUCCCAGACAGCUGCAUCAAGUAUUAGCAAUAUGAAUCUAUAGAUGUUUUUUUUUUCUUCA